GCGCAGUUUAGUUUCCCGAGUAUCGAACUGACAGUGUAGCCAACUCAACGAUACUUCUGUAUUUCUGUAUUACUUACUUUACUAUUUCGUGAAUCAAAUUUAUUACAUUAUAUAUUGACUUUUCAAAAUGAAGUUUCCGUGUCAGCUAAUAAUUAUUCUGGUGAACACCCUACUACUGCUAUUUUCUCUAGUAUACGUUAUUAUCGGUGCACUGUUCACUUGGUCUAGACCGACAGGCUUAAAAAUUGUCUCCGGUUUUGUUCAACUUCUUCAACAACAUGUAAAAAUUGAUGAAAGUUAUCUGGACAAUUUAGCAAAGUACAUCAUAAACUUUACUUCUAAAUUCAGUUACAUCAUGUUUAUUCUGGGCACUUUAAUAAUGGUAAUAUCUCUAUUGGGGAUUCUCGGAGCUAUUGGUCUAUAUAAAUGUUUAAUUAUCUCAUAUUUGACCGUGUUGACUAUUGCCAUUGUCCUUCAGUUUAUUAUGAUUGUUCUCUACUUCGGAAAUAAAGAUUUACCUAGAAAAUAUAUCAGAGAACAACUGUCCAAUGCUGUUAAUAAUUAUGUCUCACUGGAGAGUGAAGGAGACAGUAGCCUAUUCCUUGGUAUUAUGAUGCCCGUUCUACACUGCUGUGGAUAUGAAAACGGUGAAGACUUUAAACAUUCUGGUCACUUCUCAACGACUGAUGUUUACGACAAAACACAAUAUGUUGAUUUGAAGUAUCCUAUACCGUGCUGUAAAAUGACGAAUAGUUUCUCCCUUGAAGAUCCAUCUUGUCCUAAAUCAUUCACCAAUGAUAACAGUUACAUUCAGGAUGGUUGCAAGGAUAAAUUUGAACAAUACAUCUUAAAGUAUUUAGAUGCAGUAUGCUAUGUAACUAUCGUAUUAAUUAUUUUCGAGAUCUUUUUAAUCGUAUGUUGUGCUGCAUUAUUAGCAUAGCUGUCCAUUAUGUCACUGCAUGUCAACAAAUAACCAGAUUCAUAAAGAAGAUGAACAUGCAUACGACUGUCAGCUACUUAAUUGGUAGAAUCAGUGAAGACAAAAUGAGGUAAAUUCCCCACGAAAUGCUUCUUUCUGUUGUAAAUUCCCAUACUUGAUCUCUAGAUUCCUGUACCCCGAUUAUUUCUACCUCUAUUUUUGUUAUUAUUAUUUGUCUAUUAUACUUCUGUUUAUAUAUUUAUGUACUUCUCAAUUCGUACACUUGUUAUUUUCGAUUCUGGUUUAUUUCUUAUUAUUCUUGAAGACAAAACUCUCAAGGUCAUCGACAUUCCGUUUUGGUUGGACUGUCAUUUGAAACAUUCUAAGAUUAUUUGAGCAAUCGCCAUCAUAUUUCACUUUAUUCUAGCUGUUUCCUUAGUUUUAAAUGAACUUUUUUCACACUAGCCAUGUAAUGUGUGACUUUGAAUAUGAUUUCUCCUGAAAAGUUUAACCACUUUCGUAAAAUGUUACACUGAACGGAAGUUAAUCUCUCCUCCGGUGAACUGUAUUAUAAAGUGGAGUAUUUGUUUUUGUAUUUUCCUUCUCCAUUGAACCUUGAAGAUUGUGAUGCAGACUUUUCAAAUUUGUACCCAUUUGUUUCUUUUAAAAUACUAGUCAAAUAAUAUAAUCUUGAACAUUGAA